AUGGGGAAUUUGAAGAAUCGCUACUUGAAUGGCGAAGAAGUCGACGAAGAGAGGGAUCUGGGAAUCGGAGAAACUGGAGAAACUGGGGAAACGAAGGGAAGAGAGCGGAGGAAGGGAAAGAAGCGGGAGAGGGAAGCGGUGGAGAAGGGGAAAAAGGGGAAACGGAGGGUGAAAAUGGAGGAAUUGGUGCAGAACGAAGCGAUGGAAGUCAGCGAAGAAGAAGAAAACGAAGAAAGCGAAGAAAACGGCGAGGCGUCGGAGGGAACCGAAGCGUCGGAAGCCACGGAGGACGCGAGCGAAGAAAGCGCGGGGAACGAAGAAAAGCGAGGAAAGGGAGCGAUGGAUCCGAUGGAUUCGAUGGACUCGCACAAGUCCAAAAAGCUUCGAAAGGGAAACGAAAUGAAUGAAUCCAGUGAAUCUAGUGAAUCCAGUGAUUCAAGCGAUUCAAGUGAUUCAAGCGAUUCGCAGAACACUAACGAAAUGAACGAGGAAUCACGUGUUUGUAACAAUCACGCUCUAAAAUCACCUUCGGUUGCUCUUCAUUCCCGCCUUCUUUCGUCCCUUCUCGCUCGGCUUUCGCUUCCACGCGCGCUUCGCGUUCCGCUUCUUCUUCUCGAAGUCGCUCACCGCCGCGGUUCGCAAAUUUCUCCACUCCUUCUGCACGUCCUCCAUCGUUCGCUACGUCGCAAUCCCUCGCCUCCCCUUGCUAGUGCGACAACUCGCAGAUCCAUGAACAUUAUUCGCGCAUUCGCUGAUAAGCCAUUUGCCUAUCAGGAUAUUUUUGAAAACGCGAAGCCUGAUACAACCAAAUACCGAAAGAUCACCGGCGACUAUGUUUCCACCAUGAACGUGGAUGGUAAAAAGAUUCUGAAGGUCGCCCCCGAGGGAUUGACUCUUUUGGCAGAAACCUGCAUGAAGGAGGUGUCCCACUACCUCCGUGCAUCGCACUUGGAGAAGCUGGCUCAGAUCCUGGAGGAUCCUGAGGCUUCUGACAAUGACAAGUAUGUGGCGAUGAACUUUUUGCGCAACGCGCAAAUCGCAGCGGAGCUGGAGCUUCCGUCGUGCCAGGACACGGGUACUGCGAUCAUCAUGGGUAAGAAGGGUCAGUACGUGUGGACGGACGAGCACGACGGGGAGUCUCUUUCACGCGGCGUGUACAACGCGUACACGAAGCUGAACCUCCGGUACAGCCAGAACGCUCCUCUGUCGAUGUACGAGGAGGUGAACACGAAGACGAACCUGCCUGCGCAGAUCGAUCUGUACGCGAUUCCCGGGAACGAGUACAAGUUCAUGUUCAUGGCGAAGGGCGGCGGCUCUGCGAACAAGUCGUACCUGUUCCAGGAGACGAAGGCGCUGCUGACUCCAGAGCGUCUGAUGCCGUUCAUCGAGGCGAAGAUCAAGAGUCUGGGUACGGCGGCGUGUCCUCCGUACCACUUGGCGGUGGUGAUCGGCGGCACGUCGGCGGAGACCUGUCUGAAGACGGUGAAGCUGGCCUCGGCGAAGUACCUGGACAACCUGCACACGAGCGGGAACGAGCUGGGCCGCGCGUUCCGCGACCUGGAGAUGGAGCGGACGAUCCUGGAGAUGACGCGGAAGAUGGGCAUCGGCGCGCAGUUCGGAGGGAAGUACUUCUGCCACGACGUGCGCGUGAUCCGAAUGCCGCGCCACGGCGCCUCGUGUCCCGUGGGAAUCGGCGUGUCGUGCUCGGCGGACCGGCAGUGCUGGGCGAAGAUCACGGAGGAGGGACUGUUCGUGGAGCAGCUGGAGCACAACCCGAGCCGCUUCCUUGAGAAGUACAAGCAGAGCCAGACGGACAGCGCGGUGAAGAUCGAUCUGAACCGCCCGAUGAGCGAGAUCCUGAAGACGAUGAGCCAGUACCCGGUCAAGACGCGCUUCUCCCUGAGCGGCCCCAUCAUCGUGGGCCGCGACAUCGCGCACGCCAAGAUCAUGGAGCGCCUCAACCGCGGCGAGGAGAUGCCCCAGUACAUGAAGGACCACAUCAUCUACUACGCCGGACCCGCCAAGACGCCCAAGGGCAUGGCCUCCGGAUCCUUCGGACCCACCACCGCCGGACGCAUGGACCCCUACGUGGGCCCCUUCAUGGCCAAGGGCGGCUCCAUGAUCUCCCUCGCCAAGGGAAACCGAUCCCAGCAAGUCACCGACGCCUGCAAGAAGUACGGAGGAUUCUACCUCGGAUCCAUCGGCGGACCCGCAGCCGUCCUCGCCAAGGAAAACAUCAAGAAGGUCGAGUGCCUCGAAUACCCAGAACUCGGAAUGGAAGCCAUCUGGAAGAUCGACGUCGUCGACUUCCCCGCGUUCCUGCUCGUCGACGACAAGGGAAACAACUUCUUCGAUGGACUCCUCUAAGACGGAAAGAGAACGACGACGAGGAGGAGGAGGAGGAGAGAGAGUGCGCUCAGAGUAGUGUGUGCUGUGAUGU